AUGAGAGUGGUAAAAGGGAACCUUAAGACGUUCACCUUGGAUGUCGAUACUGGGAACCAGAUGACCAGCUUCUUUUGCGACAACUGUGGGUCGACGUUGUACCGCAAGAGCAGCGGAAUCAGUGAUGGCGUGGCUGUGAUGAUUGGUGGUGUUGACGGAGAUGAGGUUUUACACGCCAGCAAACCUCAGGUGGAGAUUUAUACGAGCAAUCGUCCGAAAUGGGUCACUCCCAUUGAAGGGGCUGACCAAGAGGAAGGGAUAUGGCAUCCAAGACCUGACCAGUUGCUUAAGCGUGGUUGA